CAUUUAUACACUGGCAGUGUGAAUUCUCAGCAUAUUUUCUGUGAAUAUAUUUAUAUUUUUUAAUAAAUAUUGUGAUUAGUUUUGCUUAGUUAUGAAUGGUCACGGCAUCAGACAACAGAAGCUGGACAGCCAGCGAAACCUUCUGAUGAAAAACCAGCAGAGGAGGAGGGCUGACACCCAAAUGGUGAGGGACACUCGGGACAGUCGACAGAAGAAGAGGAAGCACAAAGUUGUCUCCUCAGAUGUCAGUCAGUCCAGGAGCAGUACUUCACUGAGUGAUCAGUCGGAGGCUUCCCAGGAGCCCUCAAUGGAUGACAUCACACUGGGCAAAUUCAAUAUGAUGUUAGAGGUGAUGCCUUCAGAGAGGCUGUUCAAUGGCCGAAAAAUAAGUUUAGAAAUUGACCAUGACAGUGGGGCAAGAGGGGCCUUGGACAAUGAAAAAAAAAAAAAAAAGGACAAAAAGAAGAAGGAAAUUCUUCAGCAUAAUUCAGAGAUGGAUCCCAACAAGGAACGAGAUGCAGACAACAUGAAAAGAGAAAAAAAAUCAAGAACAAAAGACAAAUUAAAAGAAUCUGAAGGCAUAAAGAAGUCAAAGAAGGAGCCGAAAACACCGAAAUACCUACAAUUAAAAGAACCUUCGACUCAGGAGUCAGAAAUGUUGCCGAGUCCAAGGGUGAAAAAACAGGACCACAGUGAGGACGACAAUGAAGGAGAUGUGGCCCGGAGGAUGGUCUCAGGCACCUCUCUAAAAGUGGCCCUGCCAUCCCACCGAGACCCCAGCAGCUCUACAACUUCUGCAUUCACAGGUGCUUCCUCCGAGGUCACCUGUGUUCCUCGGAGUCCGUCCUUGUACAGCGCUUUCAACGACAGAUCCAUUUCGCCGAUGUCGUUCGAGGAUUUGGCGGAGUUUGCCCUACGACCUGCUCCCAUAGAUGUAACGAUCAGAUGCACAAUCACCAGGGACAGGAGGGGCAUGGCCAAGGGCUUAUACCCCACUUACUGUCUCCACAUGGAGAGGGAGGAUGGAAAAAGGGUGUUUCUCAUGGCGGCAAGGAAAAGAAAAAAGUGCAAAACGUCUAACUAUCUCUUCUCCACUGAUCCGACAAAUUUAUCUCGAGGCACAAACUGCUACUUAGGAAAACUACGGUCAAAUGUUCUGGGAACCAAAUUCAUUUUCUACGAUGGAGGAGAAAACCCAGACAAAAGUCCUGUUACUGAUUGUGAGUCAGUGCGGCAAGAGCUGGCAGCAAUUUGCUAUGAAUCCAAUGUGCUGGGAUUCAAAGGUCCAAGGAAAAUGACAGUGAUCAUUCCCAGAAUGUUGGAUAACAAUGAACGAGUGCCCAUUCAGCCAAAAUAUGAUCUGGAGGCUCUUUUGAGUCGUCGCUCAAACGACCUCACGGACAAACUGGUCACACUGGUCAACAAAUACCCGAGCUGGAGUGAACAGACUCAGUCUUACGUCUUGAACUUCCAUGGCCGAGUCACUAAGGCCUCUGUCAAAAACUUCCAGCUCAUCCACCCCGAUGAUGAUGAUUACUUGGUGAUGCAGUGUGGCCGUGUGACCAAGGACGUCUUCUCCAUGGACUACAGUUACCCCAUGUGUGCACUGCAGGCCUUUUCCAUCGCCCUGUCAGCCUUCGAUGUCAAACUGGCCUGUGAAUGACCCAGGCUCCAUGCUUCUGGAUCCUUCUGGAUUCUUCUAGAAUAUUGACUUACAGCCAAGGAACCUCGUUCAUGACAAAACCAUUCCAAGGACUGAACUAUUAUAUCUAACUGUUUUAUAUUACUUUUUUCUAGUGUAAAAAGUGAAAACAUAGGGUUUUAAGUAUUUAUCACGACAUUUCCACUGGUUGGGUCUGAACUGAUCUGAAGACGAACUAAUGGACUCCAUGGCAGUGAGCCGCAGACUCUGAAAUGCUUCAUGCAGCCAUGAUCCCCGUCUCAGAUCUCCGACCAUCAGUUUGCAAGUGUCAUGUGCAAAGGGCAAUUUUUUUUCUUUUCUUUUUUUUUUUUAUACAUAGAUUAACAUUAGUGUUUUUAAAAAAAUGUUGUUUUUAUAUGCAUCGUUUUUAUAUCAGCAGUACAAACAUGGGAAAAAGACCAGUUGCGGACAGAGUAGUUAUAUGACAUUGUUUACUCUUGUACAACUUAAGGACUAUGUAUAGACUCGUGGUUUGGUUUCAAUGUAUGAAAAAUAGGAGCCUGAUAUGCUCUGUGGUAGACAGAGUAUGUAGACCGAAACUGCAUAGAUAUUUUUGAUAUGAAAGACCAAAUUAAAGUGAACCUUUUGCUAUCGUACAGACACGGUUGUCACUGUAUCUGUCACUGGAGCUUUGAGUUUAAUAUAUAUAUAUAUCAAGUCAUAAUAAGUUGCACAUAUUUUUACCUAGUCACUAUUUUCCUUUUUUUUUGUCUGUGAACUAGUUUGUAAAACUUCAAAAUCUGCACA